AUUCAGGUUGGUGGGUUAUAAUUCCGUAAUGUCUGGACGAGGCAAGCAAGGAGGGAAGGCUCGCGCUAAGGCCAAGACCCGCUCUUCGCGGGCCGGGCUCCAGUUCCCGGUGGGCCGUGUACACCGUCUGCUCCGCAAAGGCAACUACGCUGAGCGUGUUGGUGCUGGCGCGCCGGUUUAUUUGGCGGCGGUGCUGGAGUACCUGACAGCUGAGAUCCUGGAGCUGGCGGGCAACGCGGCUCGCGACAACAAGAAGACGCGCAUCAUCCCGCGCCACCUGCAGCUGGCGAUCCGCAACGACGAGGAACUCAACAAGCUGCUGGGUAAAGUCACCAUCGCUCAGGGUGGCGUCCUGCCCAACAUCCAGGCCGUGCUGCUGCCCAAGAAGACCGAGAGCCACCACAAGGCUAAGGGCAAAAUCAUCACACUGUUAAAAUCAUACCUUUAUAAUUAUUAGUGGUUUUGAUGAAGUCAACGAAUCUAUAAUGAAAUCGUUGAUAAAUGAAU